AAUUUCCUAGUGUUUGCUACUAAGCUGUGAAUUAUGGGGUUAUAUUUCUACACUGCAAUACGUAUGGUUUGCUCUAAAUUCUUUAGCAAUUGAUGUUUUUAGUGCAAGUUCUUGAAGCUCAGAUAAUUGGUAGUGUAAGCUGGCAGUGACAUGGGGUCUUGAACUACAAUAUGCCUUCCCUGUUGAAAAGGCUUUUGUCAUUUUAUCAUACUGGGGCUACAUAUAUAUCACCUGAGCUUGAACUACAAUAUGCAGCAGAAACAAAUACUCUUCAACCUCCCCAUGAAUAUGUGCCUUGGGUGGUUGUUGACGGAGUACCCCUCUACGAGGAUUAUGAAAACUUCAUAAGCUAUAUCUGCAAAGGUUAUAAAGGCACUGCUCUGCCCCAAUCUUGCGUCGACUUAGCCCUCAAUACUAUUCCAAAGGAGAAAGCAAGCCCUAACCAUCCAGUCUGCUAUAGAGAAGAAGCAACAAAGUCAAAACUAUCAAAGAUAAGAUCAGCCAUUAGAUCAUGGAUGGACAAAGUUGAUGUUGCAGUAUCACUGUAGGUGCCUUGAGGUUUGGCAUACUUCUGGGUAAGUACUGUUGUCUAUUUUUCUGCUGUUUUACGAGUGUAGGGGAUUACUAGAUUUGGCUUGUUAAUAUUGGUAUAUCCCUAGUUUAAUCACAGUAACGGUUCUUUAUGUUGGUUCUGCUUUGUCUGUAGUUAUUUCAGCUGUUGAUUUAAUAAUAGUUAUAGCUACCUAAAAACUUUAUUACAUACAGCACAUUGUUGAGUGAAUGUCUUGUAUUAUGUAAAUCAAUACAGUUAUUAGGCUUGUACAUGUGUUUGCAUCAGGUUAAUAAAGCCUUAAAUGUACAAUUUGUCAGUA